UGUUUUGGAGGAGGAAGUGAAAGGGGAAGAGAGAAGCUGGGGGUAGCAGAUAGUUAGCUCGCUGGCAGGCAAGCAUCUAAGAAAAGUGCCAAAUUUACACACCACUUGUCGAUAAUCUGCCUCGUCAAUCUACGCCGCGGUUUUUGUUAGCGUCCACGCAAAGGGCAACACAUUUUUCUAACAAUUUGAAACGAGGUACUGCCAAAUUAACGCUAGCUAACGAGUUCGGUGCCAGCGAGCUAGCUAGCUAACGUAACGCCUAGUUAGCCACUAACGCUAACUGCCCUGAACAAUAACAGCUAGUUAGCUCGCGGACAGCUCGGUUCAAGUCAAGAAGUCGCCGCUCCGGUGUGCUACAAGUUGAAACUGUGGAAAAAUGACAUCCAGGAAGAAAGUUCUCUUGAAAGUCAUCAUCCUGGGAGAUUCUGGUGUUGGAAAGACCUCCCUAAUGAACCAGUAUGUGAACAAGAAGUUUAGUAACCAGUACAAAGCUACAAUAGGAGCAGACUUCCUGACCAAGGAGGUGAUGGUGGACGACCGGCUCGUUACAAUGCAGAUCUGGGACACAGCUGGACAGGAGAGGUUCCAGUCUUUGGGUGUUGCGUUCUACCGCGGUGCCGACUGCUGCGUGCUGGUGUUUGAUGUGACCGCCCCCAACACCUUCAAGACACUCGACAGCUGGCGGGAUGAGUUCCUGAUCCAAGCCAGCCCUCGAGAUCCUGAGAACUUCCCGUUUGUGGUGCUAGGCAACAAGAUUGACUUGGAGAACAGACAGGUAGCCACCAAAAGGGCUCAGGCUUGGUGUCAGAGUAAGAACAACAUACCCUACUUUGAGACCAGCGCCAAAGAAGCCAUAAAUGUAGAACAGGCAUUCCAGACAAUUGCACGUAACGCCCUCAAACAAGAGACAGAGGUGGAGUUGUAUAAUGAAUUCCCGGAGCCCAUAAAACUGGAUAGGAAUGACAGAGCUAAACCUUCAGCAGAAAGCUGCAGCUGCUAAGGGACAACUUGGACCAUCUCCUCUCUUGGCUUUCUGAAACACCCUGUCACCGGUUACAUCACCUGCACCUUGCUCCCAGGGAAAAGACUUCCCUACUGGUCUUCCUCCUUCACGCCACUGUUCAUUCCAUCGACACAACCCCUCACGCAGUACGCUGCACAUGGAUGUACCCCCCACACACUUAGAACACAAAUUAAUACACUAGCGUUCACUCGCUGAUAAAUCCAGUGCCCAAAGAUCACACAAGAGAAGAAUGACACCCCCCCCUUUGACCUCACUGCCCCCCCGACUCGAUAGUGAGUGACCUCCUGUCCUGCCCACCCACUCUUCUGACUGUGGCCCCUGACUCUCACACUGAGGGGGCAUGUUCAAAGAGUGCAGUUGGGAACACUAGAUGGACUGGCUGAAGCUCUGUAAUGUGAGAUGAUGUUGGCUAAUGUCAGCAUCCCAAGUAUCUAAUUCUCUCUUUCUGUUUUCUCUUUGCUUUCUAUUGCCUAGCUGUCAAGAAAUAAUCAAGUUGAACUUUAUAUAUAUAUAUUAUAUUAUAUAUGUAUAUUUUAAUUGGCUUAUGGUAUUUCUCGAGCCAAUGUGAAACACAUGCUUGUUUUUUUGCACUUUCUUUUUAUGUUUUUGCCUUUAAAUAUUAUAGCGGGAUGACUGAUUUUGGGCAACGUCUGCUACCACACGCCUUUUGGUAAACUUCAAAUUAUACCUCCUCACUCGUUUUCCAUGUCAAAUAUAAUCCCUGAGAAUUUGUGGAACACUUUGGUGAUUGUACUGCCUUUUCCCUACAAGGUCGUGUGUUAGUGGGUUUAUAACGGCCUCACACUGCAGAAGAAAUGUUCCUUAGUAGACUUUAAGUAAAAGCUGAUAACGCAGUCACAGUGUAAAACAUGGAUUAAUUCCUUGAUAUAUUAAUAUUUGCCUUUUAUGUAACAUUACUUGUACUGCUACUAUUACUGCUGUAUGUGUUAUGUCCUUCAUCAGACAUCUUUCAACGCUUAUGGAAUUACAAUACGUGUCACCAACACAGCAUACACCUGUCUUCUGUCAUGUCUUUGUUAUUGCUGUUCUCUCUAUCUGCUUGUAGCUCAGGUUGGCUAAGUACUUAAUAUUUUUAAUGGAUUGUGCAUUACGGUGUAUAGAUGGUAAAGGUUUAUGGAUUGAACUGAAAUGGAUGUUCUCUCUUUCCAUUUAAAGAAAAGAUCCAACUUUUUGCCCUGGUAUUACUCCUUCUCCUUAUAGAAAAAAAAUCACUGCGAUGCCAAUGAUGUUGUCAAAGAAAAUUGGGACGUCAAAUAAUAAAAAAUCUUGAAUAUA